ACAGAGCGACGCGUGGAACCACAGCCAACUGUAUCUCAACUUUCGUCUCUUAGUCACCCGCGAUCAGCAUGCCGAUUUCUAGCAGCCUGGCCGCACCCACAGUGAUAGCAAGCGAGUAAACGCCAGGAACUCUGCGUGCAGCGAUCGGUUUGAUCCGGCAGGGCUGCGGGCACACUGCUCGGGCAUCCCCGCUGAGGUGGAGGGAUGUGGCUGGCCCCUGCCCUGCUCUGUGCGUGCGCCGCCUGCUGGCUGGUGUGGAGGUACGGCCACUUCCGGCGCGCGCGCCUGCCCUUCAUCCCUCCGUGGCCCGUGGUGGGCAACAUGGGCGCCGUCGCCCUCAGGCAGACGCCCUUCCACGACCUGACCGCCCACUUCUACCGCAGCCUGGCCCCCCACCGCUGCGGGGGCCUCUUCACCUUCACCACACCGGUCCUCCUGGCCAGGGACCCACAGCUGAUUGGACUGCUCUUCGCCAAAGAGUUCGACCACUUCACUGACCGACAAGAGCUCAUCCCGGAGACUGCUGAUCCGCUUUUUGGGAAAAGCCUCUUCGGUCUCCAAGGGCAACGAUGGAGAGACAUGCGUCGCAUCCUGAGUCCAGCUUUUACACCAAACAAGAUGCGUAACAUGGUACCUCUCAUUCAAGAAAUUGGUCAUCAGAUGAGGGACUACUUAGCAAAUGAAAUGAAAGAAGGUGGGGAAAGCAUCACACUUGAAGCAAAAGAUUUCUUUUCGAGGAUUAGUAAUGAUGUAAUUGCAUCGACUGCAUUUGGUGUCCGAAUUAACUCGCUGGUGGAUAGAAAUAAUGAUUUCUAUUCCAUGGGAAAGGAGGUCACUGAUUUUGGACCACGAAAAAGUUUCAUUAUAUUCGGCUAUCUUCUCUUCCCGAAGCUAAUGGAGGCACUUGACAUCAAGUUCAUGAGAGAUAAGUGCUACAAGUUCUUCACUUCUUUGAUUAUGGAGGCAAUUGCUCAACGGGAGAGGCAGAAUGUGUUACGUCAUGACAUGGUGCACCUGUUGGUGCAAGCUUCCAAAGGCGAAUUCCAAGACACGUCUGAUGACAGCAGCAGCAACAAGAAGUCUUCUACCCUACAGGAUAUAGACCUUGCUGCACAAGCAAUGAUUUUCAUCUUUGGUGGUUCUGAUACAAUUUCAAAUCUUAUGAGCUUCACAGCACAUCUAUUAGCAAAGCAUCAAGAGGUGCAGCAAACACUUCACCAAGAAAUAGAUGAGCUUUUGCAUGAAAAACAUGAUAAAGGUUUCACAUAUGAGGAUGUUGCAGCUUGCAAGUAUUUGGAUAUGGUAAUAUCAGAGUCCCUUCGUCUGUAUCCACCAUUUGCAGUGAUGGCUCGUAAGUGUGUGAAAGCAUACAAAGUCCCCGAGUCAGAAACAGGGGAGCCAGCCAUUAAUGUGAAUCCUGGAGAUAUUCUGUGGUUCCCAAUAUUUGGACUGCACGCUGAUCCUGAAUUGUUCCCAAAUCCAGAACUGUUCGAUCCAGAACGUUUCAGUGAUGAUAGAAAGAAACUUAUUAAACCAUAUUCGUAUAUUCCAUUUGGAGUUGGACCUAGAUUCUGCAUCGCUAAUCGUUUUGCACUGAUGGAGGCCAAAGUGCUGUUGAUCUAUCUAUUGUCACAGUUCACCAUUGAGCCAUCAGAUCGGACACCCAGUCCACUUAAAUUCACAGCUACUGGUUUCAGUCUAAUGGUUGAUGGUGGUCUUUGGUUGAGUAUAAAACCACGAAAUUAAGAAAAUAUAUACACACUGAAUAUUCUAACCUCCAACUAUUUCCUUCGAUACAUAAUUAAUUCCUAUAUCUAUUUGUACUGGCAUUACAAAGUCAUGACAGGAUGACUAAGUCAAGCUCAAGCUAAAACUUUUCAUUUGAUCAGAAGAUUAGAGUUUUACAUGUGUUCACUUGCAUGAAGCACUACUGUGUUGCGAGGGUCAAUAGCACCCAAAACUAUAGUCGAGGACCAUCUCUUGUGCUGUACUCACCCACAAGGUACAUUUGUGGUUUCCUUCUGUGAAAACCUUCGCCAUUGUGGUUACACUUUCAAUUUUGUGAAAUUGAGGAUUCGUGGACAAUGGCAGGUUCAUACAGUAUGGAGAACUGAAUUUACAGCAAGUACUGAUGUGAAUAUGUAUGGUUUGAUGGUUAAUUAACAUUUCAGAAUAUUCCAUGAAUUUGAUAUUAAAUGGGAAUCUGAUUUCUAAUCUAAA